AACCAGUUCAGAUGCCAACAAAUCUACGAUUUUCCUGUUCUUACUGAGGUACUUGUUCUCUGACCGGCUCAUUCGUGAGCGAACCGUCUCAACAACCGGUCAUGUGUUACAGAAUGUCUGUUGGUAUUCUUUCCAUCAUCCUACAAGCUCAAAUAUUUAUACACGCUGUUACUGGUUCAGACCCUAAAACGAACGUCGAAUUUACAAGGUUUAGGAGGGAAACACCUUCCGGCGGAUGUCAGCUACCACAACAUCCGCAGAACGGGGUGUAUACCUCACCACAAUGCCUGUCCGGAGAUGAUAGAUCCGAGUGUCGCAACCUGCCCGGAACAACUGUCCCCAACAACUGGCUUCUCAAGUACCAUUGCAGUCCUAACUAUAAUCUUAGCUCUGAAGUGGAGUUUUCUAUCUGCAACAACGGCACUUGGCAGAACCCAUUGCAUUGUCUCGGCAAUUCUGGCAGCACGACGAAAUGUGGCUUAUCAACUAGUCCAUCUACGUUGAUUCCUUUAAUCCUGAAUGGCUCGACAACUCACCAAGGAGAGUACCCCUGGGUGGCCGGGCUCUACAAAAAGAGAGACGAGAAGUGGGAACUGUUCUGUGCUGGGACUCUCAUCUCUCCACAUAUUGUGGUUACAGCUGCUCAUUGUGUAGUGGAUGAAAUCAGUGAUGCUGUUACUGCACCGGAAAACGUCAAGGUUGGGUUGGGGAAAUACUAUAGAGAUUUCUACAAAGAGGAAGCCUCCUCUGUGAUUUCCGACGUACGAGAGAUCGUGGUGCCCCAGCACUUCAUGGGGAGGGCCGCAUACUAUGCUCUGGACAUCGCCAUUCUCGAUCUGAAAAGAAGAGUUCCGGUUACGGCCUUUGUCAUGCCCGCCUGUGUACACUGGAAUUCACUGAAUGAAAAUUUCUUCGGAUCCACUGGACAUGUUGCUGGCUGGGGUUUUACAGAACAUGAAACAAUAAGUGAUGUACUCUUAUCUGCUGAACUGACCCCAACUGAGUUUUCAGCCUGUAUAAAUCAACUACGACCUGCCUUCCGAAGAUUACUGACACAGGACAAGUUUUGUGCUGCUAGUAAAGAUGGUGGGCAGAUAGACAGGCUGGACAGCGGAGUGGGAUUGACAUACCUGGAAAAUGGACAACACUUUUUGGCAGGACUUGCAAGCACUAAAAUUACUAGAGAAACAGUGAUUUCACUAUUGACGAAUAUCCAGAAUCGAGAAAUACAUGCUUGGCUGGGGGAACAGAAAUCUCGUUUGGAACGACUACACAAAGAAGAUGUGAUUUAAAUGUUUAUAUUGUUAUAAUUUAAUAAAUGUAUUUUUACGUCUA